AACGGAAUACGGAUUACCGAUUAAUAUUAAUCCAUGCUUCCGACAGACGCACCCGCUCUGGCGCUCUCUUUUCGGAACUACACACGGAUAUAAUAUAAAGUAACUUACUUUAUAUAUCUGUCAUCUGUGGACGGAGACAACAAUUAGCCGUAUAGCGUCCUCUUAAGAUAGUACCUACUAUCUUAGUUCAUGAUUAAUAUCGACCGCUGGCCACAUGCGACUUGACGGCGCGGGUUGGACACCCGGCAUGCCAUAGACCUUAUACUAUUCGACCACUAUUUAACAUGACAAAUUAAAUUUAAUUUAAUUUGUCAUGCUAUUUAAGAUGUUAUAUGUUGAAUCGUGUACUCAGUAUCUAUGACCUAUGGUCUGUAGCUUAUAGGUGUAUAGUUAAGUGGGUGGGAUAAAAAUUAAGAACCAGUUCUAUAUCACCACCACAGAACGAUAAUUGCUAUUUAUAGUAUUAUCUCAAAUCUUAAUAUUACCCGUUACCAUAUUAUUAUCAUCACAAUCGCUGAAUUCUAUCACUCUAUUUUGUUUGUACUUAUUAUCGUUUCCAGUCCAUUAUAAUAUCUUGGUCUGUGGUUAUUUCAUAUUUGUCAUUUAUUCAUUUGUCAAUAUUGUCUGUUUGUAGACGUUAUAGCAUAUUAUGUAAUACGGUUUAUAAUAUGAUAUUCUGUGCCUCUGUGGUUACUCGCCAGUCCAAAAAUUGUAUGUGAUAACUGAUAGUCAAGUAGUCAACACUUAAUUAGUAAAACCGUUAUUAUUGUUGCAAACCUGUUUAAUUAUUAAUUGGCGAUUAUCGUUACUUACGUACGCCGAUUUCGAAAAACCGUUGUAACGACAGGAACACAGUCGGCGCGCGCAGUCAGUAGGUACCAAUACAAAUUAUACUUACCUAUAUCCUACAUUUCUACUAAUAAUAAAUUAUAAUAAUUAAUUUUCGACACAUUAGUUAAUAAUUCAAUACUUUAGUACUUUACUCUUGUUUAUACAUAUCGACGUUAUAUACUACGUUAUGUACUACGUAGUAUAAUAUAAUAUUACGUACAAAUAUCUAAUUUUGGAUUUUUGACCGGUUCAGCCCGAACUCGGUUUGACGACGAUGGAUACGACAGUUUUCCGAAGACGCGGUAACAGCUGUUUUAAACCGAUAGCAAUGAUUGCCGUGAUCGUUGGCGUUUACGUUUCGAUCGUGUCCGUCUUGCGUUUCGGCCGUUUCCUCGCCGCUUUCAACACUGCGCUACCGUCCGAUGAUGAUUUAAUACCAUCUGGCUCUCGUAUUUAUUUUAGAAUAAUUGUGAACUGGACACUUGCAUCUAGUUAUUUAUAUUUACCUUCGAUAAUUGGAGUUGUCAUUGAACGGAUUGGCAACUUCUGUGGAUUACCUGAUUGUUAUUUCAAAUUUACUAAAAUUGUCUUGCUUUCAUCUAUUUUAAACGGAGUUAUUGGCUUUUGGCAGGAAAUUCCUGAGAUAUGUUUGUGGAAUCUAAACAUAUUAUAUCAUGCUGAAAUUAUACACUUUUAUUUGCAUUGUUCUAUGUGGAUUAUAUCAUUUAUGAUUAUGUUAGCAAUUGAUAUUACUGAGAUAACAGGAUUUAAACCGCAUGACCACGUCUCAAUCGUCAGUAUUUCGUAUUGUGCUGAUAACAAUUUUACUUAUUCGAGAUUGGUGUGGCCAGAACAGUUGCCCAACGGUGACAGGAUUAAGGAGCAAAUGUAUUACGUUCCAAAAGACUACAGGUACUCGAAGACACCGUACAAACGAAUUUUAAUCCAAACCGGAAUCGGCAAAAUAUGGGAGAUUCUUAAACCCGACCAGGGUGAGUUCUUUGGAUGUCCCGUGAGUCAAUGUUGGUUGACAUACAACAAGUCACUGGGUCCGGAUGUCGAUGCGGUGCUUUUCAGACAUAGUUACAGCCGUCCUGAGUACCGAAGGCCGCCCAAUCAGAUUUGGAUUUUAUUAAACACCGAAUGCCCGGUGCAUAACUCGUAUACACCUGUAAGUGACGCCAACGUAUUCAAUUGGACGGUCAACUACCGCUGGGACAGUGAUGUACCGUUUCCUUAUGGAUACUUCAUCGAAAAUAAUUCACCUCUGCCUUCUAUCUAUGAAAAAAAUUACGCUCUUCAAAAAACAAAGAAAGUGGCGUGGUUCGUCUCGAACUGCAAUCCGUAUAACAAACGUAUGAUUUAUGCAAACGAACUCGCCAAACACAUAUCGGUUGACAUAUUCGGUGGCUGCGGGAAACUCCAAUGUCCUAAGACGAAAGAAGCGGAAUGCUUUCAGAUGCUGAAAAAGGAUUAUAAAUUCUAUUUGUCUUUUGAAAGUUCGCAUUGCAUUUAUUAUGUAACUGAAAAGUUUUUCAAGAAUGCACUGAGUAACGACGUGUUGCCGAUCGUCAUGGGACCGAAACGGAGCGAUUACGAAUUAAUAGCGCCAAAUAAUUCAUUCAUACACGUUGACGACUUCGGGUCACCAAAAGAGCUGGCUGACUAUUUGCACUUGUUAGACGGCAACCACCAGCUGUACAACAAAUACUUCCAGUGGAAAGGCUCGGGCACGAUAAUUGAGGACACUCGUUUAUACUGCCGGCUGUGCGCGAUGCUCCACGACAAGAACCAAGCGCCCAGACACUACGAAGACAUCAACAAGUGGUGGAAAGGCCCGGGUACAUGUCAAACAUGAUGAUAUAUUGUUUUAAUAUAAACUGUAAUGUAUAUAUGAUUUUUCCAAGGCCCUAUCGUCACGAUAACUGUUCAAUAUUGUAAUCGUAAUACUGACCCAUUUAAUUAGGUAUCUUUCGUUGAUCGUUUCAUUAAAAUAUCAUAUAUAAUAAAUUUAAUUUUAAAAUGAUUUAAUUUGUCUGAUAUAUAUAUUUUUUAAAUAAUAAAAAAACAAUGCCAAUGCAUAAAUGUAAACCAUGUAUAAAUAUCAAUAAUUGGUACAAUUUUUAAACUUAUUAGUUAUUAGAUGUUAUAAAUUCAAUACAAAUAUUACGAUUAAAAAAUAUAGAUAAAUACAUAAUAUAAUAUGUUACAUUUAAGUUUAUUAUAAA